AUGUCUUCGGAAAGGGUGGAAUGGGUGGAGAUUAUCGAGCCGAAGACAAAGGAGCAUAUGUAUGCUAACCUAACCACUGGCGAAUGCGUUUGGGAUCCACCAGAGGGAGUCAAAGUUAAGCGCACAGAUUCAUCACAAUGGUGGGAACUUUUUGAUAUCAACACACAUAGGUUUUACUAUUAUAAUGCUUGUACACAGACUACUGUUUGGCAUAGACCCACUGAUUGUGACAUAAUACCGCUAGCAAAGUUACAAACAUUAAAACAAAAUACAGACCCUCAGAAAAGACGAGAAACAUCUACGCAGACGCAGAUCAACCAACCUGCUCCUCAGGUACCUAUAUUAGACCCGGUUAGCAGUAACGGCAAUAGUACAGUCGCGAGCGUGAGCAAGGUGUCGCCAAGCAACGCAAAAACUGUCACGCUCACGCAAACUAGUCCCGUGCGAACUAGAAGAUCGCAUUACCAUCAUAGAAAUAGCGGUGAAAGUAGGCGAGGCAGAUUAAGCGAAGAUGGAUCGACGCAGUUGUGCCGGCACACAGAUUCAGGCCGGUCUUCGGAUAGCAGCAUCAGUAGCGCCCAGCAGAGAAGGAAACAGGAACUUAGUGCAGCUGUAUGUAAUCCCUCCGUAUGUACCCCACAAUUACGAAAACGAAGUAGUGCAGUGCCUGUCCACGAAACUGAGAAAUGGUCCCCACACUCAGGCCUGAACCGUAGUGGCAGCUUCAUAUCACCUCGAAAAGACGCUUCUGACGACUCUAUGCACGAAAAGUAUUUCAAAUCUGUUGAAAGUACACCUUUGACUAGAAGAAAGUUAAAACAGCAAUCAGCUGGUGGAUCAUCUUGUGAUUCAGCUUCACCUCAAAGCCCGAGUAGUCCACUGCAGAAACCACAACCAACACAAUUCUUGCAGACGUCGGCUGCCCGCCCCUCGCUAGUAUCAUCAAUCUCGUUGGCAACUGACGCGGCUGGUGGCGGUUCUCGAGUGAUGCACAGCUUGGAGAGACCUCAUCAGCUGUCCAGACAUGCUAGGGAAAGGUUCUCUGACAGGCAUUUAGACAAGGAUAGAAUAGCAGAAUUGGAACGCAUGGACAGGUACCCGGAGAAGCAAGCAGUGUAUAGUGUGGACAAACCUUUUCGGCAGACGAGUCUCGAUUUACGUCAUAACGCAGCUACGGCCAACUGGCAUCCAGCUAGAGACUUUACCAGACGUCAACAAGCAGAACCAGAACGGUAUACCUCGAGCAAAACCUCAUUGUCAUCGGGCAGUAGCAGCAAGCAUCGCGCCACACAUGAACCACACCACAACUUCAUGAGGCUAUCCUCUGCUAAUGAACAAGAUAACAUUGCAGCUGUUAAUUACAAACUUAAGUGCGUCAACUUAGAACCUCCUUUAACGGAGCCGAAUGUACAGAAACAUAACCAGCGGUUGAGUGACAGGUCUACUGCGCCCAGAGAUCGUACCAAGUCGAGACGACACAAAAGGCCGGUAGAGCUUGACGACGGUGGUCUAGAUGGCGAGGAAGAAGAGGAUGAAGGUGGCAGCUCCCCUCUGUACUGUAACUGGGACUUGCGAGGCAUGCAACACUUGCUGCCGCUUCAAGACUACAUCAUACAGCAGGCUAAGUUGUCCAGUCGCGGGCGCUACGGCGGCGGGUCGGGGUCGGACGGCGAGUCGGGCUCGUCGCGCUCGCACUCGCGCUCGGGCUCGGAGCGCUCGCUGUCGGGCCACGAACCCGACAACGAGUCUUCCGACGGCGGCGCGCGCACGCCCGACGACGACGACGGCUCCGGCGUCUACCUCCCGCACGCGUACACGCAUGCGCAUCGACCCGUGGACGUCGAAUACAUGAACCACGGAGUCUCCUACUAUAACACUUUCGUGGGUUUCGAUAGAGAAAGACAGCCUUCACCCGGGAUUCAUAGAACGUCGUCCCUGGGCGGCGGCGGGAGUGCGGGGGGUGCGGCGGGCGGCGCGGAGGAGGGCGGCGCGCUCUACAGCCCGGUGCGCUCGCACGCGCCGCGCCCGCCGCUCGAGCAGGACAUCGAGAUAUUCGCCAAGGACAACCUCAAUUUCAAUAAAGGCAUCUUUAGGAGGAAGGCGUCCGUGCGCGACAUGCUGUCGUGGACGUCGUCGUCGAUCAGCGCGCCCAUGGUGGGCGCGGAGUGGGACAAGGCGCACAAGAAGGCGGCCACGGACCUGUUCCGCCUCGUGCAGAUCUACAUGGGCGACCGCAAGGCGCGCCCCGGCAUGACGCUCAACUCCGUCGCGCAGGACAUUCUACACGCCACCUUCUCCAAUGAAAAACUUCGUGACGAGUUGUACGUGCAACUAUGCAGACAGACCACUGAGAACCCCCUCCGGGAUUCGUUACUGCGCGGUUGGGAGCUCCUGGCGGUUUGCCUAGCGUUCGUACCCCCUUCGCCUACAUUUCAACCUGCGCUCACCAACUAUGUAAAUAGACACAGAGACCCUGCCUUUGCCGAUGCGUUUCCUGAGGUUGGUAAAUGGCCUAUCCAUGUUCAAGUUUCACAUUAUGCUGGCGUGGCGUGUAAAAGGUUAGAAAGGAUCGGUUUUGGAGGGAAAAGGCAGCCUAGAAAACCUACGACAGAUGAUAUAGAUCAAGCUAGAAUACAAAUCUUCCGCCAAUCAAUGUUUGGGAAUACACUUUCUGAGGUAAUGACUUUACAAAAGGAACGGUUUCCUAAUCGUCAGCUUCCCUGGGUACAAGUGGCCUUAUCGCAGCAAGUAUUGGCACUCAACGGUAGAGAGACGGAGGGUAUAUUUAGGGUGUCAGCUGAUGUAGACGAGGUCAAUGCUUUGAAAUCGAAGAUUGAUAACUGGGAGCUUCCUGAUGUUUCUACGUUGACUGACGCGCACGCGCCGGCGAGCCUGCUGAAGCUGUGGUACCGCGAGCUGUACGAGCCGCUCAUCCCCGACGCGCUGUACGGCGCGUGCGUGGCGGCCGGCACCGACUUCGCGCACUGCGAGCGCGCGCUGCUGCGCCUGCCGCCCAUCAACAGGCUCGUACUCACUUAUCUCAUAAGUUUCUUACAACAAUUCACGGCACCCGAAGUUGUAAGUCAAACAAAAAUGGACUCUGCAAACCUCGCCAUGGUGUUCGCUCCCAACUGUCUCCGUUGCACGUCACAGGACCCUCGCGUCAUACUCGAGAACGCACGAAAAGAAAUGACCUUCCUUAAAACUCUCAUCACUAACCUCGAUACAUCUCACGUCCAAGAUCUGCUGUGA